AUGGAAUCCUCUUUCAACGCCGUAGAGCUCCGGGAGUUGCGGGGGGGGGGAGGCCGGCGAGGCGUGUCUCCAUCGCGGGUCAAGGCGCCCUGGACAGCGGUCGCAGUGGGCAGCUCCGCCCGAGGCUUCGAGAACGGCUCCUACCAGCAGGACGAGGAGCAAAACCACCACCAGCACCACCAGCAGGAGGAGGAGGAGGAGGAGGUGGUGAGCUGCCCACCUUCAACUUCAGGCAACAGCAAGCAUCAGCAUCAGGAGCUCUGCCCUCAGUCGUACGAUGAGGAGGAAGGAGGAGGAGCGGGGGAGGACGGAGGACAGGACUUCACCGAGAUCAACCCGGCCGACGACCACUCGGCGGAUUACGGCUUCGUCUUCGCCCUGGUGUUCCUGGUGAGCGGGAUCGUCCUGGUGGUCAUCGCCUACACCAUCCCCAGAGAGGCCAAAGUGGACCCGGACUCGGUGUCGGCCCGGCAGAUGGAGAAGCUGGAGAUGUACUACGCCCAGCUGGGCUCCCACCUGGACAAGUGCAUCAUCGCGGGCCUGGGCCUGCUGACCCUGGGGGGGAUGUUCCUGUCCGUGCUCCUCAUGGUGUCCAUAUGCCGCGGCGAGAUGUACCGACGUCGGGCAGCGUUCGUUCGACCCAAGAGGACUUACGGCUCCAUCAACCUGAGGAUGAAGCAGCUGGCGACAGGAGAGGCCGGAGAGGGCGGGGACGGAGGGGAGGAGUUCCUGGUGGAACCCGCAGAGACUCGGAAUAACAUCCAACCGGGGGCGAGCCGGGACUCCAAAUCUGAACCCAGCAGAAACCCUCCGAGUGCUUCUUCCUCUUCUUCUUCUUCAGCUGCUGCACACGGAAUCAACUAGCUGUGCGUUACCGUGCUGCCUUCCUCCGAGUGAGCGCUCAGCUGCAACACGGGGAUGACAAAUGGUGCAGAUCCCCCAUUUUUGCUGAGAGAAGCUCGUCCCCAGCACAAGACUUUGGACUGCAGACCCGGCUUCAACCCAGCAUUGUGGGAUGAAGGUAAACCGAGUUAAUGGGUUAUUUAUUCUCACCGAUCGCAUAAGGGAUGUAUAACGAGGGAGGCUGGACCCCACAGAGGAUGAGCGGUAAGCCUGGAUCACAGCCUGGUUGUACAUCACAGAUUAGAGCUGCUUCAGAAAUCCUUGUAUGUUUGGAGGUUUACAGGAACAAGCACAUUGACUGAACCUGGUGGUUGGGCGAACACAGAAAGUUAGAUCAGCACUUCACUGAGAGUCUGGAGUUCCAGACUCAGAUCUAAACAUGUUUUCAAUCCUGAUCACAAGAUUCACACAGAUGUUAAAUAUGAGGUUUGUGAUGCAGCUGUGAAAAUCACUGGAAAUCAACGUCAGUCACUGGACAGCAAAUGUUGUUUCAUUAUUUUAUAAAGUAAAUGUGAAGCUGUGGUGCUCCCUGGCCUGCAAAUACACUGAGGCAGCAUUUAAACAAACAAUAUUUCACUCCCCUGUGACAUUUACACUCAUCACCAGCAUCAGAGAUAAACAAACAAUAAUCAUUUUAAAGUUUAUUCAGUUUAAAUCUGCAUUAAGCAAGGUUUCGGAUUCAUUGAGUGACUCAGUGAAUUGGAAAAGAACCAACGAUUGUUCACAUCGAGGUUUGGAUUCAUUAACUUUCUUCUUGUUAUAUUAAUAGUUAUAUAUAUUUUUCAUAAAAGUAUGAAUUUAGUUCAAAAUAUUAGGAUCUCCCAUCUUUUGUCUCAGAACAUGAGGACCUCAUUAUUACUUCAUUCCUGAUAUAGAACAAAUAACUUUUAUCGUAUUAGUUUGAUCCCGAAAAAAACUUUUCUUGUGAACUUAAAUCAAAAUGGAAUUUUCUCAAUUUGAUUCCGAACAUUGCUCCUCUCACUUACAACCCAGAUACCUGAAGAUGAACAAAUCGAUAAAUAAGUGAAAAAUUUAGAAAAUACAAAUACUGGCAACUAUGCUAAGUCUCAAAAUGUAUUGCAGCACACUGAACAAGUCUUAAAAGUUUACAAAUGUAACCAGAAUGUUGGAAAGUUGGGAGAGUGAGUUUCUGUUUUAGGAUUGUUGUGCCUCUUUGGGCUGAAAAAUUGCUUAAUGCAGCUUUAACCUCUUGUAUUUCAUUAACCUCUGAAAAUGCCUGAGGAGCAGCAGCAGUUCAAUUCACCAACAACACAAACAUGUUUUUUUAAAUAUGGAUGCAGAGAAACGUGGGAGGAGCCGAUAAGGGAAGUGAAAUGAGUCUCUGUGGACAGGGUGACGUACUUUACCCAGAAGGCACCAGGAGAGCUCUUCCCGGCGACCUCUUUCCUCCUCGUCUGUAUUUUGUUAAUAAUUUUUUUAACCAAACGACAGAUUUAGCCGCAAAUCUAUUUGGUUUUUCCAACAGUGGAAAUAAGACGAAGGUAAAAAUAUCACUGGAGGAGGAUAAGUGCGUUAAACAGAGUUAUUGACA